GUCUUCUUCCAUGUCACCUCAAAAAUCUUCAACAAUUCUCUCUCCCAUUUUCCUUUCUUUUUUUCUCUCACACACACACAAAGAUACCAAGAAAGUAUCUAAUUGUGAAUCUUUAACAAACCAAUACUACAAAUAAACCAAAAAGCUACAAUCUUUACAGUAGAAUAUUCAGUUUGAAUACACAAAAAGAAAGAACAAUUGUGUGUUGUUGUGUUACAAGUGAGUAAUAUGGGAAAAGUGGUGGUGGGUGCAGCAGUAGUAUGUACAGCUGCAGUAUGUGCUGCUGCUGUUUUAUUAAUGAGGCACAAAAUGAAAAAUUCAGGUAAAUGGGCUAAAGCUAUGGAUAUAUUGAAAGAGUUUGAGGAGAAAUGUGAAACUCCAAUAGGAAAAUUAAGGCAAGUGGCUGAUGCUAUGACUGUAGAGAUGCAUGCUGGUCUUGCUUCUGAAGGUGGUAGCAAACUCAAGAUGCUUAUUAGCUAUGUUGAUAACCUCCCCACUGGGGACGAAACCGGUCUGUUUUAUGCAUUAGAUCUAGGCGGCACAAACUUCCGUGUGAUGCGAGUGCAGUUGGGCGGGAAAGAAAAGCGUAUAGUUAAACAAGAAGUUAAAGAAGUUUCAAUUCCAAAGAAUGUGAUGGCUGGAUCAUCAUCUGAUGCGUUAUUUGAUUUUAUUGCCACGGCGCUUGUAAAAUUUGUUGCUACAGAAGACGACGAUUUUCGUCUUCCACCCGGUAGACAAAGGGAGCUGGGCUUCACCUUCUCUUUCCCAGUUAAACAACUGUCAAUUGCAUCAGGGACUCUUAUUAAAUGGACAAAGGGCUUCUCCAUCGAUGAUACGGUUGGGCAAGAUGUUGUUAGAGAGUUAACAAAAGCAAUGGAAAGGGUCGGUCUUGACGUGCGCGUGGCUGCUUUGGUCAAUGAUACUGUUGGAACAUUAGCAGGAGGUCGGUAUAACAACCCUGAUGUCAUUGCUGCAGUAAUAUUGGGUACUGGAACCAAUGCAGCAUAUGUUGAGCGGGCAAAUACAAUUCCCAAAUGGCAUGGCCUGCUGCCUAAAUCAGGAGAUAUGGUUAUUAACAUGGAAUGGGGUAAUUUCCGCUCAUCACAUCUUCCGGUAACAGAAUACGACCAAAGUCUUGACACUGAGAGUUUAAACCCCGGGGAGCAGAUUUAUGAGAAGAUGAUUUCCGGGAUGUAUCUUGGAGAAAUUUUGCGCAGAGUCUUGUGUAGAAUGGCUGAAGAAGCUUCAUUUUUUGAUGAUUAUGUCCCACCGAAACUGAAAACUCCAUUCAUAUUGAGGACUCCGGACAUGUCUGCUAUGCAUCACGACAAGUCUGCUGAUCUCAAGGUGGUUGGCGACAAGCUGAAGGAUAUCUUAGAGGUACCUAAUUCUACCUGGAAAAUGAGGAAAAUAAUUGUAGAGCUAUGUGACAUUAUUACCUCUCGUGGAGCUCGUCUUUCUGCAGCAGGAAUUGUGGGCAUCCUCAAGAAAUUGGGAAGAGACACUUUGAAGGAUGGAGAGAAGCAGAGGUCAGUAAUAGCUGUUGACGGCGCAUUGUUUGAGCAUUACACAAAGUUCAGAAAUUGCAUGGAGGGAACUAUCAAAGAGUUGUUGGGAGACGCUGCGGAAAGCAUAGUCAUUGAGCUUUCGAAUGAUGGUUCAGGCAUUGGAGCUGCACUAUUGGCUGCUUCUCAUUCACAAUAUCUCGGACUCGAGGAAUCUUGAUCAUGGUCAGAGUGAUAGAAAAAGCCUGAGAUGGUUUCUACAUUUUGUAUCGCCCCAUACCUCGUAAAAGAGAACCCUCUUCUUUCGCCCCAUACAUUUGGGUAAUGAUGAUGAUAUGAGUUGAGCUUAAUGAAAAAGUGAGGAUUCAUAUCGUCGACCCCAACAUGUUUGGGACUGAGUCGUAGUAGUAGUUGUCAUUUAGUUGCCACAUUUUUUUUGUAAUCUUUACAAGAUUCACUAUUGCCAAUAAGUUUUAGUAGUGAGGUAGUUCAAUCUUC